GUUUGGUCUGGACGACUGUCAUAGCAUGUCUAGGAGCGUUGUGUUUUGGAUAUGUUCUCGGAUACAGCUCACCAGCAAUUCCGAGCAUGAUAAAAAGUGGUGUUUUGAACAAGCAAAAUGCAGGAUGGUUUGGAUCGCUGAUGACGGUUGGAGAAAUAUUCGGGGGCUCUUCAGGCGGAUGGUGUAUUGAGAAGUUUGGUAGACGCAAAUCUCUAAUGAUAGCGUCUGUUCCGUUCUUAUUGGGUUGGGUUGUGAUGCUGUCGUCAUCAACGUUAACGUACCUUUAUGCUGGACGAUUUCUUACCGGAUUCUCCUCAGGACUUGUGACAGUUUGUGUUCCAGUUUACAUUGCUGAAAUUUCCACCAAAUCCAUGAGAGGUGUUCUCGGAUCAUGUACUCAACUUUUCAUAACAAUCGGAGUAUUGCUGGCAUAUGCCUGUGGACUUCACUUUGACUGGCGAGGCCUGGCACUCAUAGGUGCCAUACAAGCGGUCUUAGCUCUAGUCAUGUCAUUCCUCAUCCCAGAAACACCCCGAUGGUUGCUUGGGAGAAACCAGAAGGCUGAAGCCAUCCAGGCCUUGAAGGCCCUACGUGACUCGCAUAUGGACGUUCAGGAGGAAUGCAGAGACAUCGAAGAAGGCCUUGAUCCACAAGAGGACUUUGCUUGGUCGGGAUUUCUUCAGAAACCGGAACUGUCCAGACCUCUCUUCAUUGCACUUAUGCUUUUCACAUUCCAACAGCUUAGCGGGAUUUCCGCAGUCACCUUCUACACUGUGUUAAUGUUUGAAUCAGGAAUUCCAGACCUUGCCCAUGGUGCUACUGUAGCUGUUGGUGCUAUCCAAGUUGUUGCUACGUUUGCUGCCUGCCUCCUGAUGGAUCGAGCUGGACGAAGGAAGCUUUUGAUCAUCGCUGGAAUAAUCAUGUCAGCAUCUCUCUUCAUAUUUGGGUUGUACUACAAGUUGCAAGCCAGCAAUUCCUUGAGCAGUACCAUGAACACAUGGCUACCCGUCUGCUCACUCAUGAUCUAUAUUGUUGGCUUUUCUUUGGGAUGGGGACCGAUUCCUAUGCUUGUUAUGUCUGAAAUAUUUCCCUCCCGUGCAAGAGGAGCUGCAAGUUCAAUCGCAAUCCUUGGUAACUGGCUGGUGGCUUUUGUGGUCACUAAAGAAUUCAUGACGAUGCAAACGAUUCUUGGACAAGAUGGAACCUUUUAUCUGUUCGCUAUGUUUUGUUUGAUGUCGGUAAUGUUUGUCUGGAAAUAUCUUCCAGAGACCAAGGGAAAGUCGUUGGAAGAAAUCGAACAUUACUUUCAUGAAAAAACAUUAAUGAAAAAGUCUAUUUUGUAAUGUAAUACAGAAUGUUUG